AUGUUGUCUAUUACACAACACAUUCAAUCUGGGUUAGAAGUGAAACGAAACUUAAACCAGUCUGUAAGUCUGGUUUUGAUGCAAGAGAAGCACUUCCUUGGGUCCAAGCUGGUGAAGGUAGGAUUUUCACACUUUAAUGAUUAUUGUAUGUUGCAUAGUUGCGCACAGGUCAUAUUUGCACAGAUUUUUAGUCUUGAUGAACGAACUUUGUAUUAUUUCCAUGUAUUACCAUUUAAAAGUUUAUAUGUAUCUUACCAUCUUAACCUACAGUUUAAUUGUCCUUUUUUGUCAAUUUUAGACUGUACCUCACUGUUCUCCAAAAUGUUCAAAUAUCAGAUCUUUUGCUUCUUGUGGCUGUGGCUACUUCUCCUGGUAUGCAACGUAUCCGGGCAGUUCAGCAACUUCAAGCGGAGUUCGGAAGUGCAGGAGGGCGACGUAAGACUUACAGGCUCUAAUCUCCUCUUUGGGGGUCGAGUGGAGAUCUACCAUGCAGGAGAGUGGGGGACGGUGUGCGACGAUGGAUGGGACCUCAAUGAAGCCCACGUUGUGUGUCGCCAGCUGAAAUUCCCUCGUGCAAAAUCUGUUCUGACAGGACAAAACUAUGAUAUAAAAGCUCCUGGGCCAAUAUGGUUGGAUGACAUGGAAUGCAAAGGUACAGAGAAGUACCUACAUGCUUGUAUUUUCAAAGGAUGGGGGAUUACAGACUGCACCCACAAGGAGGACGUUGGAGUACAAUGUGAUCCAGGAGUUGUGUCAGAAUUACCACUCUCAUCCUACACCCUUGAUCACAGCAUUGGGUUGUCUGAUCAUCUGAGUGAAAUUUUCAACAAUGAGAGAUUCUGCGAUCUUACAGUCACUGCUCAAAGUUCAGCUUCACAAGCCAAGACACUGCAAACAACGGAUUCAACAACAUUUUGUGCACACAAAGUGAUACUCUCAUAUGUGCAGGCUUUCAAUAUUACAACAGAUACAAAAAACAUUACAGUUCAAAUUGUACCGGACUGCAUACCACAUUUUCCCUCCUUUAUAAGGUACCUGUACACUCGUAGGAUUGAUGCCGUUUUCUCCUCAGUGCAAUGUCUUCACUGGUUGGCCUCUCAGUUUGGGAUGGAACAACUAAAGACGGACACAGGUCUUCUCUUCAGGCAAAUACUUCCUGAUGACAGCUCCUUUGAAACACAAGUGUCUCUUCAUGAAUAUGCCUUAGAGACCAAAGACUUUUUACUGCAAGAGAACUGUCUCCGUUUUUUGGCCUGGAAUUUCGAGAACUUCACCAGGAGUUCAGUUUGGGCCCAGAUCUCUGAGGGUCUCCUCAGUGGUCUUUUGCUUCGCUCAGAUUUAGUUGUGUCUGAUGAGUUAUAUGUACUUAAGGCUGUGGAAGACUGGAUCUUAAACAAUGCUAAAACUAGUUUGGACAGCCAGGUCAGGCUGUUAUCUCUAGUGCGAUUUCCCAUGAUUCCUGCUGAACAGCUGACUGUCACUCAAAUGAUGUCAAACUUCUCACUUUAUAACACGCAUAAGAAUGUCUUUAAUGAAAACAUUCUCAAGGCCCUACAGUUUAAUAUCCAACUUUUAACCAGUAUUAAAUCCGGAGUGAAGAUGGUCAUUAAUGAUGUUGCUUACCAACCACGGAUCUACACCUCUUCCUUGUGGAGCAUUUCCUUCAGUCUCUCUGGGCAAACACAGUCAGGUGGUUUAUAUGGUACACCUUCACCAUAUGGUCCAUCAUACGGAUCAUCAUAUCGUUCAUAUGGUUCACGGAAAUCAUAUCGUUACAAUGAUGAUAGACGUAGGUCUAUCUAUACCCCAUAUCACAGCAGCUCAAUCUUCCAGGACAGAAGAAUAAACUGGGCUGCAGAUAUGUACAUGAACCAAUAUGAGUGUUCAAAUCGAGGUGUGAGGUGUCAGUCUCUCCCAAUGGCCAGUCUCCUAAGUUAUGAAGCCAACUCCAGUCCAGGUGUUGUGUUUCACAACAAGCUUGUGCUACUGUGCCAGGACAGGUAUGUAUGUGAGGUUCAGGACUUCAAGAACAAUUUGUCAUUUCUGUCCACAAAUGCUACACAGUCUCUGACCUACCCAUGCCCAAAUGACGAGUACACAUUUAUUUUUGUAGUGAGACCUGUGUACAAUUGAUAAACAGGAAGUUUCAAAAGUUCCAAUCAUUAUAAUAACUGAGAACAAUGUAUGCAUCUUUAUUGUUAUGUAUUGAAUAUUUGAAAUAUGUUUAUCUAUUGUCUAUCUUUACCAAUAUAAUAUAUACUGACUUUUAUAAUCACUGGUGAUUUUAUGGGAUACACACAAAUAAACUGUUUUCAGAA